AUGGGAAAUUCUAACGUCUCACAAAAGUUUUCAUCCCUCCAACCAGUUCCAUUGGUUGAUACGGAUAAGAGAUUUAAAUUUUGGAAAUUAUAUGAUGGUGUUUUUCAGAAGAAUGUUCAAAGUGAUAAUAGAAAUGUUUCUGUUUUUGAAUUUGAAUUAACGGAUAAACAAGCUAAAGAUUUACCAAAGAUUUUGAGACAACAAAAGAAUGAAAAUGAUAAUCAAACUGCGGAAAAGCCAAAAACUAAAAUUUCACCAUUGGAUGAGGAACCUGCAAAAACAAUUAUUGAGUGUGCUAGAAGAGGAAUGAAGUUUUUAAAAACUCUUAGACAUCCAUCAAUUUUGAAAUAUGUUGAUGACAUUGAGUUGAAUAAUUCACACUUUUAUAUAGCUACAGAGCCUGUUGUACCCCUCAGAUCUGUUUUGCCAUCAUUGGAAAUGUCGGAAAUUUUGUUGGGAUUACUUCAAAUAUCUGUGAGUAUUUUAGUUUGA